UAGGACUAACCUGAUAGGACGCUCACGAACAUUUACCGCAGCAUUUUAUAAUCCAGACCAAACGCCCUCCGAAAGUGGAGACAUUUUUUCCGCUUGCUCUACGAGACCUCACCAUUUCCCAAGUUCUUCUCAGCCAAACAAUUAGCUACAGGAAAUCACCUCAAGAUCCUCCUCUAGCCUACCAUGUCUGAACCGGGUUCUGGCUGUGGUGUUCCAGCCCAGAGAAGCUCACAGCGGGGUCCAGAGAUGAUGUCAGUGAAGCUGGGGGACUGCAGUCAAACAGUGGACUUCAAUGUGAUUGUCAAAGAGGAGGAGGAGGAGAGAGAAAUCGAUGAGGGGGAGGAGGAAGAGAGAGAGGAGGACAGGGACUCAGUUGACUCAGAAGAGAGCCCCAACCCAGACAACGAGCCCAGUUCCACAGCAUCAAGACUAUCUGGACAGAAUCAUCAAAGAAUACACACUAGAGAGAAACCUUUCCACUGCACAGCAUUUGGGAAGCGUUUCAGUGAGAAAGUAAACCUUAAGAGACAUGGGAGAGUGCAUAGUCGAGAGAAGCCUUACUACUGCAUUACAUCUAGGAAGAGCUUCAAUCAUUCAGGAAGCCUUAAGGAACAUCAGCGAAUACAUAAAGGGGAGAAAUCUUACCACUGCUCUCUAUGCGGGAAGAGUUUCAGUCGAGCAGGAGACAUGAAGACUCAUCAGAGGUCACACAGUGGAGAGAAGCCUGCCUGUAUUUUCAAUGUGAUUGUCAAAGAAGAGGAGGAUGAGAAGGAAAUUGAUGAGAAUGAAAGGAGAGAAGUUGAGGAAACUAGUGGUGUGGUUGACCCAGAUACCUCAAGACUACCUGGUCGUGGGAGUUACCCCUGUCCUCAAUGUGGAAAGAGUUUCAGUUAUUCAGGUAAUCUAACGAAUCAUCAAAGAGUACACACUGGAGAGAAACCAUUCCACAGAGCCACAUGUGGGAAGAGUUUCAAUCGUUCUGGAAGCCUUGAGAAACAUCAAAGAGUACAUACAGGGGAGAAGCCUUUUCACUGCUCUCAGUGUGGGGAGGGAUUCACUCAGCUAAGAAGUCUUAAAAGUCAUGAGAGGAUAUCCAUUGGAGGGAAGCCUGCCUGUGGUUUCAAUGUAAUUGUCCAAGAAGAGGAGGGUGUGAGGGAAAUCAAUGUGGAUGAAAAGCGAGAAGUUGAGGAGGACAAUAGUGGUGCAGUUGACAGUGCAUGUCAGAGCAAAAACCAAGCCACAAGGUCGAAGGAAUUGUCCGUAGAGCUCCGA